UCUCUCCACAACCACGGAUGUGCCCUCACAAAUAUCGUGAACCUGUGACCCUCAGUUCCCCCGCCUUACCUUAUAUCAUGUCAUAUGCUGCUAGUUUGGGGGCGGCUCGUCUGGGCUGAGUUACGAUGCAAGCGAGCAAACCUAUUGAAAAUGUCACUUUUUCCUCCUUCUGUCUGUUCAACACCAUCUUCUUCUCCGUUUUUGUUUCAUGCCAUGUGUGUUUGUGCUUUCUUUUUUCGUUUUAAUUAUAAAAUAAAAUCAUGGAUUACUUUUAUGAAUUGCAAAAUGAUGAAAACAUUGGGUUUUGAGAGAGAGGGAAUAGGUAACAGAAAGAAGGGGAGGAUGUCACUGGGAAAAGUGAUCGAGUGAAAGGGAUAGAAAAGGGAAUAUUACAAAAAAAAAAGAUGCGUUUUUCUUUUCAAAGGAAAAAAUAAAGGAAACAAAAUUUUUGGGAUUGAUGGGGGAUGUU